AUGGAUGGGCUCGAUGAUGAUUUUAAGGGAUUCGAUGAAGGUUUCAAUGGAUUCCCUAAAAGACUUCCCGAUGAUUGUGUGGAAUACUCACUUUACAUCAUUGACUCCAAGUUAAAAUCACAAAAGGAUUUACUCAGCAAGUUAGAGGAUGUGCGGAAAGAGUCUUUGAAACUUCUGAAGGAUCUUACUAAAGACUAUAUAUGGCAACGGGAUGGCUUUAAGCUGGAAACGAAGAAUGAGAAAGGCUCAAUGUAUCUUAACGGGAUUACAAAUUAUGGAGAUUCGGUCGAAGACGAAUGGCUUAUUGUGUAUAUACUUAAAGAAUUGAGCAGUCGAUUUCCCACAUUAUGGAUCAAAGUUGUGGACUCCGAUGGCGAGUUUCUACUGAUUGAAGCUGCAAAUGCUCUACCAAGAUGGUUGAAUCCUGAAAUCGCAGAUAACAGGGUAUGGAUUCAUAAUAAUGCUCUUCACAUUAUACCAUUGCGUGCAAUCACUGAUUCCUCAACUAAAACCCCAACUGCCCCAAUAUCUCGAUCACUUACCUUAGAAGAAGCCCGCAAAACCAUAUCCUCGACCCCAGAAAUACUCAUACACUCACCCAUGAUCGAAGAAGAGGCAUUUUAUCGUUUGCGAAAUUAUCCGGCCCAAAUCACAGCAUCCCUUCAUCAUGCUCGCAUCACAGUACCGCGGAAAGUUGCUUACAUACUACAUCUUCGCCCAACCGCUAUAGCCCCGGCAGUCGAAGCGUUUUAUCUUCGCGAUCCAAUUGCACUCAAGCCUCUUCAGUCCCUCUCAUCUAAACUUACAUUUCCUCCAAAGGAUUUAGUCAUCGUCUCAACCCGAUUUACAAAAGUUCUCUAUGCACAACUGAAAUCGCAACAAUUUUCUGCCCCUAUUGCAUGGAAGGAUGUUUUAACACCGCCAAAGAACGGCGCAGGAUUGGAUGACUUUACACGACUGGAAAUGGGAAUGAAGAUCACCUCAGGAUUCGAAAUGCUAGUUACAGAUCCGAAAAAUGCCGAUCAUCGAUCCGUUAGAGAGAUUAAUAUACUUCUAGAGGAUCUCGAGGAAGAUGCUUCCAAUCUUCCUAACGAUGGCGAGAUUCUGACGUGGAAGGACAAUAUGAGAGAAGACGAUGAGAAAUGGCUCGACAUCAAUUUCGAGGACUUCGAGAGAGAGCUAGAUGGAAAGAACAAGGACAAGAAGUCGGCUGGGAUACCUGGAGCUUUUGGACCGGAACCCCCGUCAGGAUUUGGUGAUGCAAAGACUGAAGCUGAUUUAAAGAAAAUGGUGGAACGAUUCGAAGCUUUCCUAAACGACGAUGAUGCCGGUCCUGACGGUGCUGAAAUGGAUGAGAUGGAUGUCGAUGACGACGAAGACGACGAAGACGACGACGAUGAUGAUGAAGACAGCGAGGAGGAUAAAGAUGUUAGCUUUGAUGAAGUGGAAUUUGCAAAGAUGAUGAGAGAGAUGAUGGGUAUGCCAACGGAUGACAUAGAUCAGCCUGCAUCUCGAUCUAGGCCAGGAAAUUCCCGCAGGGUUGAAGAAAUCGAUAGUGAUGAUGAGGAUGAAGAGGACGAUGAGAUGGAGGAGAUACAAAAAGUGAUGAAGAGGAUGGAAGCAGAGUUGAACGAAGCUGGAGCGCUCAAUUUAGAUCCAACCCCAAGCAAGAUUGCUACCCUCGCCGGAAAGGGGAUGGGCACUAGAAAAGGGAAGCAACGAGCAAAAGUAGAUGAGGAGGACGAGGAAGAGGAAGAAAGCGAUGAGGAAUUGGAUAUCGAUUUUAAUCUGGCGAAAAACCUAUUAGAGAGUUUCAAGAAUCAAGGAGGCAUGGCUGGGCCCGGGGGCAAUCUACUAGGUAUGAUGGGUAUGAAACUACCUCGCGACGAAGAUGACGAAGGGAGAAGUCGUGGAAAGAGACCUGAAUAAAGAUCGAACAAAAAUUAUAAGAUAUUUGACUAUUGCUUGGGUAUCACUAACUACAUCAAAAAUUCGCUGGUAUGCCUCAAUUUUCAUCCACCAAAUCCUCGAUACCAAUUUUUUGCCUCUUGGAACUCUCCGCCUCCGGGGCUACAGACGAACUCAGGCUUCGCGCUCUCUUGAGCAUAUCAUUGACUGCAACAUCCACUUUUUCCAGUUCUGAUAAAGCAGCGGUUAAAUUCCUCCGGUUUUCUAACUCGCGUCUACUGCUGUCGUUUUGGGGUCGGUAGUAUUCUGUCACUAUUCCCAGUACAGCUCUGUAGCAGCGGUAGAGCAACAAUCGUACUUCUGCAUUUCCUGUGUCCUCGAUGAGAUCAUCUUCGUCACCUGCCUUCCAGCCUUCCAUGAAUCCUUCACUAGGAUUUUCGAAAACAUUUGAGAGUAAUGGAUCUCCGAAGACACCCUGACUCCAGUUUCGCAGCCCUGUCAAUUUGAGACUUUCAGUCGGGAUGUGCGAACUGCCUUCUUUGAUUCCAUUCUCGAUCAUUACGUUCCGCUCGCCCAGAUCCAGUAGUACCAAUCUAGGAAGUUUGACGGCGUCCAUGCGCCAAGAUAGACGUUGGUAGUGUGAUCGCACUACAUCGUAUGGAAGUAAGACGGCCAUAUCUUCUCCAUCGCGUAGAAUUGAUUCAAGUAAUGUAUUGAAAGCUUCUGACCAUGUUGGGGAGCCUGAGCCUAACGGGGCUGAAGGGGGCGAUUGUUUGAAGGGAUCCGGGAGGACUCGAGCUGCUGUACCAAAUGUGCCGUUGGGUGAUGUGAGGGAAGCUAAGCUUCGAGUUAGAGAUCCGACUUGUUUGUCGAUGAGGCGCCGGUUGGGUAGACUGAGGUAUACUGAGAGUGCAGAAAGUGUUUUACCGGCUGUCGGUUCGAAUAUUGUGUAUGGUAAUGCCAUCUCUCGGUUAUUGGAUGAAUGCUUGAGCAUUUUCGGUAUCACGUCUUCUAGUUUGAUGGAUGCUAAAUCAUGUUCUACGUCUUCCAUGCCAUUGACUUUUUGGCAUGAUGUAUCGAGGAAAUGUACGAGGGUUGCUUCAGAGUACUGAAGCGUGGUCUCGUGUCUCAAGAGACGAACUGCUAAACUGGGCGCAAAGGAUAGGAGAAGCUUGUUGUCAUUCGACAUGUUGAGCGUGUAUAGUCUGGGUAGUUGGGUAGAGGGUAAUUCUUCGACACUUCCUAGUUUCAUAUCCGGUACCACAUGGCUAAGUAUCUCCUUAAGACGUCGUACUGGGACCGAGUACAUAAGCGACGUCUUGAAGGACUUGCCAGGGACGGCAGUCUUGUACGAAGCCAUUAUGAGCAGUGAGGUUGUAUUCAGAUAUGAGGGUGAGAUGUGGAUAUGUAUGGUUUUGGGAUAAAGUGGAGUCAGUGGGUUCGAUCAGCCUGAGGAUGAGGGUGAGCAAAUUGAUAGGGAUAUGAUGUCCUUGCCUGGCUUUUACCUUAAUAUGAUAUGUAUAAGGUUGGCCAGGAAUAUUUGGCGGCACUCUGAUCUCGUCAAUUCGCUUAUAGUGUGUUUCGAUUGGUCCAAUUGCAGUGAUGAAGUCCGUGGCAACUGGCUCCUUUGAGCUCCACAAUACUGGAAAUUAGAUCUUUGGAAGAUCGGCGGUGGAAGGGACGCACAACACCCAAACUAUGUGAUUAGGUAGAAAUAUUGUUCUGCAUCGAAGUAUUGAUGUACAGUUGUAAAAGUAAUGCUCGUGCUCUUUGGUGUUUGGGUAUUGGUUGCCUUGAGGUGGUACUCAACAAAAUAUUGGUGCCUGCGAAGAGAUGCAAGGCAGCCACCUCCUUGAGAACCCUGAAGUGUUCUGCGGGUAAGAGAACGUGAAUUGGGUAAUUUCCUAAUAAUGGAUAGUUCUUUGAAAUGGGUAAGUGGAAUAAAACACGAAGUUCUUGGAAUCUUAUCGGCGACAGGAUUGAUUGUGGAUAACUGUGGAUGAUUGAUAGACUUGAGCUGUAUCGGGUAUCUGUUUUGUCGUUGUAUAGCUAGUACUCUGUAGGUCUAUCGACGAAGAAAUAGAUAUAAAGUAAUUCUCGAAGCGAAAGAUGGAUGUCACUUUUCUAACGAGAAACGGAGAUUUGGACGAAAAAGGUUUAGACAACCGAUUGGAGGUGAGAUUAAGGCGUUGUUUUGAACGAUUCUGGAUUCUGGAAUAUUGGGGGAGAACUUCUCCGGGACAUGGAACUUGUACUAGAAAGGCAAUUUUUGAGAAUCAUUCAUGUAUGGUGACAAGAUAAAAUGGAAUCUAGAAAAUUAGUGGAGUGCGCUUGAGGCGUGUAUAGGAGGUCUUUUCUUAGAUAGCUCCCGCCAUGGAAUAACAAUCGUGUCUAGUGUUGGAAUUUGGAAGCUUGGUUGGCAAGAUGUGGAGACUUCAGGUACGGGGUGUUCGAUGUAGGUAAAAGUUAGAGAACUAGAUCAUAAUGGGUAACAAGAUCUUCAAUAUCCCGGUCUAUGUAUUAUCAUCGAUCCAAUUACGGGAUUGUCGAGAGUCGAGAUUAGAGAUUAUGUUGAUGUUGAGAACUUUGGUCCCCGAGACAUUGGCAUUGAUGCAAGAAGAUACCGAGGGCUGUAGAUGUAGAUGUAGAUGUAGAUGCGGAAGUAAAGAUGGUAAAUGCAGUUCGGGCAUGAACGAAGGAAGAACGGAUUAGAUGUCGUAUUUUUCUUGAGUGGUUGAUAUUGAUUGGUAUUUG